AUACCCCGUCCGAAACGUUCUCACAAUGGCGUCCCGCUUGGUACGAAGCGCUGUCGGCGCUCCCCUCCUCCGAACCUCCAUCUCCCGAUCAGCCCCGGCUAUUUCUGCCGCCGCUGUGCGAUACUCCAGCAACGUGCCCGCCGAGGAACCCAAGAAGAAGGCCCAGAGCAUCAUCGACGCCCUGCCUGGCAGCAGCCUCGUCAGCAAGACUGCCUUCCUCAGCGGUGCCGCCGGUCUCAGCGUCUAUGCCCUCAGCAAUGAGUACUACGUCAUGAACGAGGAGACCGUUGUGGCCGUUUGCUUGCUGGCUGUGUGGACUGGUCUGCUCAAGUACGGAGGCCCUGCCUACAAGGAGUGGGCCGAGGCUCAGAACGAGAAGAUCAAGAACAUCCUCAACAGCGCCCGCGCUGACCACACCGAGGCUGUCAAGACCCGCAUUGAGGAUGUCAAGCAGAUGAGCGGCGUUGUCGACAUCACCAAGGCCCUCUUUGAGGUCUCCAAGGAGACUGCCAAGCUUGAGGCUCAGGCUUUCGAGCUCGAGCAGCAGACCGCCCUGGCUGCCGAGGCCAAGACCGUCCUCGACUCUUGGGUCCGCUACGAGGGCCAGGUCAAGCAGCGCCAGCAGAAGGAGCUCGCUGCCUCCGUCAUCGCCAAGGUCCAGAAGGAGCUCGAGAACCCCAAGGUCCUGCAGCAGAUUCUGCAGCAGAGCGUAGCCGAUGUGGAGAAGAUUGUUUCUGGCAAGGCCCAAUAGAUGACGAAAACUACUAGAGUCUAGAUUCAAGGUCCCCGCAAACUUUCCUUUGUCACGAAGCAAACCCCCCUGUGCAUAUACUCGCACCUGUGCAUUAGCAAAUCAAUCAAGACACUAGUCGAUAUAUAUUUCGUCACCAAGAUGAUUUUGACUGAGAUGAUGAGUGCAUGCUGUCCUAGUUGUUAGGCGAUAGAGAAGGAGGGGGGAAUUGCGGGUGUAAUUAUAUAUACUCUGUAUUUUUUUCACGCUUGGGAGAAUAGGGGUUGGCAGUCCUGAGAAAAUAAAAAAAAGCUUUCCACAC